GACUGGUACAAGGCUGGACUUACUACGCUUCCAGUGCAGGAACAAGGGAGUUCGCGUUUGACGGCGAGGAAGGACUCACUACAAUUCGGCUCGAGCUCUUCCUGGACGCAUCAGAGCAGUAUGCUGCGGUGAUCCCGACAAGUCCGCCUACAACGCGAUCAAACAUCAAUGGGACCUUGGAGAUGGACAAGAGCUCUUCCCUGUCCUGGUUGGUGGCGCUGCUGUUAACAUUGCUUCUGGUUUCUGCCGGCAUGUGGUUCUUUAUUGAAUGCAUCACCCUGGGCGUGCAGAGCUUCACAAAUAACUUGGACGAUUACAAGAAGGGUGUUGAGGAUUUUCUCAACCUUGUCAAGCCGAUACUGCCAGAGAGCACAUGGAAGGAGCUGCAGCAAAAGAUUACGUCGUUCCUAACCAACGAGCUUGGGACGCUGGCCUCGCAGCUUGCGUCUUCACUCGAGUCACUGAGCUUCCAGGCUCUCAUGUUCUUUGUGUACCUUUUCUUUUGGAUCUUCGAGCCUUUGCCUGUGAGCAGCCCUGUGGCAGAGGUCUUCAAAUCUUAUCUUCUGAUGAAGACGUUCAUUUGCUUGCUUUUCUCUGCCUUGAUGAGCGUUUUGCUCAUGUGCCUGCAGUGCAAGAUCUGGAGCCUUUUCUUUGUGUUGACCUUCCUUCUGAACUUCAUUCCGGAGAUCGGCGCAAUCGCCUCUGCGGUGCUUACAGUCCCGGCCAUCUUGUUUGAUGGGCAUCUGCCUAUGGAGCGGCGCCUGGAGAACUUGAUUUGGCUCGUGAUCAUGGGGACCGCAAUAAAAGUCUUCACAGGCAAUGUAGUGGAGGUGCAGAUGUAUGCUACUAUGGGUGGGCAGUUCAUGCGCAUGCACCCUGUGAUCAUCAUGGCGUUGAUCAUGCUGUUCUCCUCACUCUUGGGUAUCACUGGAAUGUUCUUGGCCGUUCCGAGCAUGGCGGCGGUGAAGUACUACCUGGUCUCAACCGACAUGCCAGAUCAGUUUCAGCAUCCACUGCUAGUUGCAAUCGAGGGUGAUGCAACAGGUCCCCACAAGAACUUCGUGGAUCAGAAGCGCAUUCAACAGCACGCUGCCACAACCUCCAACGCUGCCAGCACAGUUGAGCUGGGAUACCCUGCCUUGGUGACUGGUACUGCAGAGCUGGUAGAGGGACAGCGGCGAUUGUCGUCUGAGGUUGGGACCAGGAUCUUUUGGGCUCCAGAGAUUUUUGGCAAGAGUUAUGGUUUGAAGGUGGAUGUUUGGGCCCUCGGGAUCAUCAUGUACGGAUUGCUGGAUGGCCGCUUUCCUUUCAAGGACGAGCACGACAUCAAGACAAAAGAGCCCAAGUAUCCAAAGAGGCUGGAGCCUCUGUGCCAAGACUUCAUCCGAGUUAUGCUCUUAAAGGAGGAGGACGUUCGUGCUACGGCAGAAGAUGUAAUGGUUCAUCGAUGGCUCUCGAACUUUGCAGGCUGCUCGCAAGCCAAGGAUCAGUCCGAGGACUUCGAAAGAAGCUCCGAGUCGAGGGACGGUCGGCGGAGAAGUUCAGAAUCUUUGGAGGUUCCUGUUCAUCAGUUCGAACACGAGGAGCCCAACUGCAGCGUUGCAGAGAGGCGGCGCGAGCUUAUGGAACGAUUGAACAACGAGCACACGAAGGGUCCCGCAGCUGUGGAUUUCCUGCAUUGCGCCAGCUUGACCGAGUUCUCUGUGCCGGAUCGCCGGCUGCCAGGGGCGCACUGGUUGUACCAGUGGUGGGACCGGAUACAGGCCGAGAAUCUGGGACCGCGUAGUUCAGAGGGCCAAGAGCGCACCCUGGAGGAGGUGUCCAGAGAGCUCGACAGGUCGCCACACAUCGUUGGCAAGAUGUUGCAGGACUACAACAUUGACAUUGCGAAAUUUGGCGUGGGAGAGGCCAAAACCCUCGAGCAGCUGGCUUCUGAGGUGCAGAACGGCUCUGUGCGUUUGAUGCUGGAUGCGACCACUCACAAAAAGCUGGUGCGGGUGGUAGAUGUGGUCUUGCUUCGGCUGUACUCCUCGUCCAGAAAGGACCGCCUGUUGAUCGAAGUUGGCGAGCAAUAUCCGGAUGGGCGCAGGCGUGCUGCCUCGCGACUUCCUGGCACGAAAAAGUUCCCACACGAGAGUUCACAGGAGACUGCGUUCCGGGUCUUGCAGGAUCUUCUGGGGGUGACGGCCCGGGCAGCCAACUUUGCCUUCGAGGACACGGAGGUCUACGAGGAGGAGAUGGACUCGCCCUCCUUUCCUGGAGUUCGGACUGUUUACAGGAAGGAAAUCAUGGAGGGCCACCUGAAAGAAACCGACGAGGCAACCGCACUGCGAAUCGGGCUCUUGGAGCCUGAAGGUACCGACUGGAGUGUCCAGGAGCGAGCGCUACGCGGAAAAGGGUUUCGGAUCAGCCACCAAAACGAACGUCUAGGAUCAGGCCGCUACGCGGUCCGGAUCAAGCCAUUCAAAGGAGCAUCGUCGAUGCCAGAGCUGUUGCCACUGCGCUUCCUGCUGCUUUGGCUGCUACACAGUGGUGUGACUCUCGCCUGGGCUACAAAGAGCACCUUAGUAAGCGUCAAAGCCUGGAGCAGAAACGACCCUGUUGAACACCUCGGUCUCACGGUCCAACACGGGUGCCCAGUCUGCCUACCGGCCGCGCUUCGGCCGACCUCUUGUGAGCUCUCGCAAGCAGUCUCUGGCCUCCGUGGCAAUAUGGAGGCUCACGAGGCCAUCCUGUUGUCCCUGGUCCUGCCCAAGCUGCUGUGGUCAGCCCCUUUGGUUCCUGCUGUCGAGCGGAAGCUUGAUACCUCCUUCCUGCGUGCGUGCAGGGGCCGUUGCACUUGGUGGUGUAAGGGCCGUGUCUGGGCUGACCACGUCACUCUGCACCCUCGCUUUGCCAGUGCUGUCCGUUGCCUCACUUCGGUUGCCGCCUGCACGCGUAACGCUUGCUUGCCCCACACUGCGUGCCUGUGUGAGGCAUCACGCCUGGGCUUUGUCCCUUUGCGUUGA